UUGAAUUUCAAAAUUGCGAGCUGAAAACAGCCAGGAAACAAAUGAAAUCCUGAUUUGUUCAUAGAUAAAUGUGAGGAAUUCGCCGCGUUUUCUAGAACUCGCCUCCAUUUUUCUUCUCCAUUUCGUUUCUCCUCUCAGAUCUCCCUCUCUCAAAUGACGACAUCACGGCGUUUUGCGGAUAGGAAGGUUGAGAGGUUCGAGAAGAACAUUUUGAAGAGAGGGGCCGUGCCCGAGACUGCUACGAAGAAGGGAAAGGACUACCCCGUUGGCCCUCUUCUUCUUGGAUUCUUCGUUUUUGUCGUCAUUGGAUCAUCUCUGUUUCAGAUUAUCAGGACGGCAACCGGUGGAGGAAUGGCUUGACCCAUCUUCAGUUCUGAGGGGUAGCAGAAGGCAGGAAAUGAGGUUAAAAUUUCUUGUGUGAUUUGUUAUACCUCUCUGUUUUUUCUGUGCUACCCCAUUAGGAGGAGAAGCUUGUUGGUAUAGAGAAAGUAAAAGCCAUUUAUGGUCAUCCUGUGAAGUACUUAUUAUAAAAGUAAUUUAAAUAACAGUGCACACAUCUAAGUGCUAUUCUAUCCCAAUUGUUUAUUGUUCAU